UUGGCCGUGUGGCCUAAUGGAGAAGGCGUCGGACUUCGGAUCCGAAGAUUGCAGGUUCGAGUCCUGUCACGGUCGCUGGCGUAGAAGUUUUUUUACUGCUUGUUUGCCUGCUUGCAUGACUGUGACGCCUACUGCUUCUAGUGUGGUCCCUGUCUCUCCAUGGCAACGGUUGCUAUUAUUUAUAUUUGUGUUAUUUGGAUCAAUUCUUUUUAUUUCCUCAAACCUGCAAUUUGUUAAAGAGUAUAAAACGAUCUAGUUUUACACCUGCGAUAUGGCAAAGGCAACCACCAUCAAAGAAGCGCUGAAACGUUUGGAAGAUCGUACGAAAACUAAUUCUUGCGAUGAUAAAGAAAUCGAUCUUUGUUUCCAGUGGCCACCCAUAGAAAAAAUGGAUACUACCUUUUCGACAUUGACCGCAUGCCAAAAACUAUCACUUUCAACCAACAUGAUCGAUAAAAUUUACGGACUAAGCGGCAUGAAAAACCUGCGUGUGCUAUCAUUGGGACGUAACUACAUCAAGGCCAUUUCGGGUCUAGAAGGUGUCAGUGAUACGCUGGAAGAACUGUGGAUUAGUUACAACCUGGUCGAAAAACUGAAAGGCAUUAGCGUGCUGAAAAAGCUGAAGGUUCUCUACAUGAGCAACAACUUGGUCAAGGAUUGGGUCGAGUUUAACCGGCUGGCUGAUUUGCCCAUGUUGGAAGAUUUACUUUUUGCUGGAAAUCCUCUUGUUGAAUCGAUGGAAGAAAGCAUCUGGAGAGCGGAGGCCAGCAAACGGUUACUGCCGCUGAAAAAGCUGGAUGGUGAAACGGUUAUCCGCGAAGAUGCUGAUUCCCAGAACCAAUCAGGAAGUGGACCAGCGGAGAAAUAAAGAGAUUAAUAUUAAUUUUAAAAAUACAAACAGAUGAUUUAACAGC